UGGCGGCUGCGCGCGUCGGUCCGAAUCCGCCCGCGUCCAACUGUCGUUCACCUGGCGGACGAGUCUUGUCUUAUCUUCGUCCUCGCUGACUUUUUAUGCACCUCCAACGCGGGAACGGCGGCACCACCCCCGCUACUACAUCGCCUACCUGCCCCAUGGUUACCAUACGUAUAUCCCCCACGCCCCCCCCCGCCAACCAAUACGUAGGUGGGCGUCAUUUUCGGCCGCGAUCGCGAACUGAGAGAAGGAAAGAAAGAAGCCUAAAGCAGAGACGAUGGUGGCUUGUAGCCUGUGCGGGCUCUCGACGCCGGUCGUCGAGCCCAUGGUCGACUUGGCUCAGGGUUGGGCGCCCUACUACCGCGCCGUGUACCGUGUCGAGCCCGCGGGCCCCCGCAGCGUCAGCGGCGUCGGCGGCGAGGACGGCCCGCCGCGCCUGUCCGGCGUCGGCUUCCACUGGGGCACUGACAGUGAAUAUCUGCUGCCGGCCGAGGCGCACCGCCGCUUCGACGACCCUGGCCUCGACCCGGCCGCGCUGGUCGCCGUGCGCGGCGCUUGGGUCCCGUCAUACGAGCUGCCGGCCGCCGGUGCGCUCAGCACCCUAGGUUCCCUCGCUGCGCAGCUGGCGCUGACACCGCCGCGGCCGCCACCCCGCGCCUUAACCGCCUGCGGCUUCUUUUUCCACGACGCCUGCUGGCGCGUGCUGACCCAGGCCACGGCCCCGGCCGAGGUCGACGUCGCUGCGCUCUGGCGCGUUCUCGUCUCCGUGCCGUGCGACUACCACGGCACCGUCAACUGGGGCCACAGUUACAGCAGCCUUUACGAGUGCCGCCGCAUCCGCGCCCGCGCCCCCGGCGGCACCUACCUCGCCCCCCGCUCCGAGGAGUACAUAAUCCCCAGCGCGCACUCGGACCCGCUGGACGUGCCGGAGCUGUGGAAGUUGGUCGUCGCUGCUAGGGCGCCGCGCCACGAUGCGGGUAGUGGCGGCGGCGAGGUCGUGACCGAGGCCGUGACCGAGGCCGAGGAUGGGGAGCAGCCGGAGGAGGCGCAGAGGACGAGUAUCGCCGGAGCGGAUGGCGGGGAUCCCUCCGCCGGCGAGGACCCUUUCUUCGCUCUGCCGGCCGAGCUCCGGGUCAUGCUGCUCACGCAACUGUCGACGCCGGAUGCGGCGCGGCUGCGGCUGGCGUCGCUGGCGAUGGCCCGGACGCCGCUAACGCAGGGUUUCUUCCGGAGCCGGUUUUGGCCCGAACGCGAGCUUGGCGUGGUGUUCGACGGGUUCCUGCUCGGCGCUGCGGAGCGGCGGGGGCUCGACUGGCGGGGGCUGUUCGCGGCGGCGCGGCGGCGCACGCGCGACGGCCUGCACAGCCUCAGCGAGCGCAACCGCUUCCACCUCUGGCACAACACGGUCUGGCCGCUCGCGUGCCUGCUCGACCAGGUCCGCCGCCUCGACGAGUGGCCCGGCCAAGACUACGGCAUCGCACUGGGGAUCCCCGACAUGCGCCCCGCCGCCGCCGACCGCGCCGAGGCCGCCUGCGUGCGCAACGAUCUCGACUACUACCCCCCACGCGACCAGCUCGUGACCCACAUCAGCUUGUUUCCGGCCGACGUGCGCGCCAUCCAUGUCUCCAUAGUCACCGCCUUCGGUAAGCAGUACGUGGCGGGGCUGCGCUUUACGUGCGCUGGCGGCGCUGACGUCGAGAUCGGCUACAUCACCCGGGGGGCAGAGCACACUCUCCCGGUCCGCGGUAUGUGGCGGGGCUUCUACGUCUCCUCGGGCUACUACGGGCUCCACGGCCUCCAGCUUGUGACGAGCGCGCAGUCCGAGUUUGCGAGUGGGGUCGGCGACCUCGCCAACUACCCGCGCGAUCUGGUCGUCUUCCAGCCCAAGCUCCUCGAUACGGGGAAGAGGACGAUCGUGGCCUAUUUUGACGUGGGUCCUCCCCUUGCCUCCCCCUUUCCUCGGAUGAGCCGAUAGAAGGGGGGGAGGCGAGAAAAGACCUCCUUCUCUUUCUCCUGCCUCUCCAACCCUCCUUUUUCUUCCCGAGGGCUGACAUUUGGAUAGCAAUUUCGGAUGAAAGCAUUAGUUUUCCGUUCUGACCCAUGAACCGGCCGAUCCGCGGUGCUUUACGCGACGGGCGUGUUGCAAACCUGUAGGAGCGUCUCGGGCAUCGGCGUGUUGAUGUACACCCUAUGGAGCCUUUCGAAGGGGCUGCACAUCCAGAUGCGGUAGACCGGAUAGUGAGAAGCGAUACACCCACCUGCCUAAAGGUCUAUA